AUGGCUGAGGGGAGUUUCCGUUUCCUGACGUUGAUCAAGCCGAUCUUAUGGCUGGUGCCCGAGGUGAACGCGCCAGAGCACCGGGUGCCUUUCAAAGAGAAGGUCUGUUGGACCGCGAUAUCUCUUUUUGUCUUCUUGGUUUGCUGCCAAAUUCCCGUCUAUGGCAUCGUUACCUCAAAGAGUGCCGAUCCGUUCUACUGGAUGCGGGUGAUCUUGGCCUCGAACCGGGGCACCUUAAUGGAGCUGGGCAUCUCUCCCAUUGUCACCUCUGGAUGGGUGAUGCAGCUCCUGGCCGGCUCACGAAUCAUUGAGGUGGAUCAGAGUCUCAAAGAGGACCGAAACCUCUUCUUUGCCGCGCAGAAGCUCUUUGGUCUCCUCAUCACGCUGGGUGAGGCCUUUGCCUAUGUGGUGAGUGGCAUGUAUGGAGAUCCGCGUGCCUUAGGCAUGGGCAUGAGCUCGCUGAUCAUUGCGCAGCUGUUCUUUGCCGGAGUCAUUGCAAUCCUGCUAGAUGAGCUCUUGCAAAAGGGCUAUGGCCUCGGCUCCGGCAUCUCACUGUUCAUUGCUACCAGCAUUUGCGAAACCAUCGUGUGGAAGGCCUUUAGCCCCACCACGAUCAACACCGGGAAGGGUACAGAAUUUGAGGGUGCCAUCGUGGCCCUGUUCCACAUCAUGAUCUCCCGGCCAGACAAAAAGAUGGCGCUGUCAGAAGCCUUUUUCAGACAAACUGCGCCCAACCUCACGAACCUCAUCGCAACGCUUCUGGUCUUCUUCAUUGUCAUCUACUUCCAAGGUUUUCAGGUGGAUCUUUCUUGCAAAUUCCACAAGAUCCGCGGUCAUCGCGGCAUCUACCCAGUCCGACUCUUCUACACCUCCAACAUCUCCAUCAUUCUUCAAACUGCACUAGUUUCCAACCUCUACUUCUUCUCUCAGCUUCUUUACCGACGGUUUAAGUCGAACAUGCUGGUGAACUUGCUGGGACAGUGGCAAGACUUAGAUUAUGGCGGCGAGUCCAUUCCCAUUGGAGGGCUGGCCUACUACAUCUCACCGCCCAAUGACUUCUCAAAUAUCGUGGAAGUGGCUAUUCUGACAGUGAUGGAUUUGGGAAAGUUGGAGAGCAUGGGAGCAUGGGAAAGCUUUUUUCAAGAAUCGUUACUGUAG